AGUUCCGCCGGGCGCGGCAGCAUGGCUGGGCUCGGGCCCGCCGCGCUGCUGCUGCUGCUGGGCGCGCUGCUGCUGCCCGGCCUGCCCGCGGAGCACGUCCCCGCGCUGCUGUGGUCCACGGGCAGAUCCCAGUGGAAUCCAGACCCUGCUUUGCAUGAAGGACACAUUGUCUCAGCACAGGAGCUGGCUGUACUUCUGCAACCGGUUCUUACUCCAAAUCCCAGCAACCUUGUUUUGUUCCUUCAAGAGAGGCUUAGCAUAGACGAUUUCACGUACUACAGUGAAUCCUAUGGUAACAAGAACCCAUUUCAAAAUGUUCAGGAAAUUCUUCAGUCUUCUCCUUCAUCUUUAGUUUUGCCUGCUGUUGACUGCAAAGCUACCAGGAAUCUCUUGAACUUUCUUCAGGCAUCAGGAGAUUGGAAUUUGAAAAACUUGACAAAUCUUGAUCUCUCUCAGCUGGAAGUGAAUACAUCUAAACCAAACUUAUUUGUCAUUCAGCUACAACCACUUACCAGUGGUUUAAAUGAGAUUUCCACCCUGGAAGCAAUUGCUGAAAAUGACAAAAUAAUUGGAAGACUGAUCAGGGAUCUGCAGGAGCGAGGGAUUCAUUUUUCAGUAAUUUAUACUGCAGUGAGACCUUCAAGGAUAUCUAGAAAAACUGAUGUGACGUGGAAAUUAAGACGACAGUUAAUGGCUACUGAGGAAGAAGACAGUUUAUCAUAUCCACCUCUGAAUGUGACCACUGGAAAUGAUACGUGCAUCCUUUUCUAUGCCAGUAAUUUCAGCCUCGUUGCCAAUGGUUCAGUUUUAAUAGAAUUGACAGAUGCGACAUUUGUUAACCGCAGUGUGGAUGUUUCUUCCUCUGUGUGCUCAGACACCAACACAACACUGUCAUUAAAAUACACAAAGCCAGUGAAUGGAAUCAACAGCCUAGAGAUAAGGUUUUUAAUGACCAAUAUGUUCUAUGGAGGCUCAGCUAGAAAUUGGUUCACUUUGGAUUCAGUUGAGAUUGUACAAGAUGAAGAAAAACUUGCUAAGUAUAAUGUAUCUGUCAUCUCUGCUCCUGCAGAGUACUCAUUUCAUUGUCAGCUGGUGGGAACAAGUAGUCUCUAUCUGGCAAGGCUGAUUCCAUCCAACUUUGAAGCAAUCAACUGGGAUGUUUUCAUUUCCAGGUUCCAAGCUCUAAGAUUAAGUCCCACAGUUUCUGAGAAGCAAUACAGCAGUACAUACCAUUGUUGCGAAGGUUCCUCCUGAUGGUGGUGUUUUAUGGAAAGGCUUGAAAAUGUCUGAGUCCAUGCAACUGGACCUUGUCUAGUCAAAUCCUCGAAGUGCAAAGCACUUUGACAUCACUAGUCUGUGACCUGUGAGAAUUGUUGGGCUGUGAAAAUACAAAGGGUCCACUUACAACAACAACAAUCUGUCUUUUCCUAGAACUUCUAAAUGAAUUGAUACUGCUACCUUCUCAAAGCCUAAUGAGAGAUCUUGUUCCAUCUUUAGGAGGCAUCCUUUCAGUCUAGUUUUAAGAAGAGGAGCAGUAGUAGGUUACCCACCUUCUUCUUCACUCCUGUGGAGCAACAGCUGCUUCCGCUGUUCAGACAACAGAACUUUCCUUUGGAAGAAGGCCUUUUUCUCUAAUCAAGUCUUUGGUGUUAAAAACAGCCUGGAAAGUCUUAUUCUGAGCGGUUUUGUUAUAUGAUUCUCCGUCAAGCCAGAAUGUCACCAUUUUUGACCACUUUCUGAGUUCUGUGUAAACUAGAUCAUACUUUCCCAGUUAUCGUCUACUGAUGUGUAAAGAAGUCUGAAUGGUAUCACUAUUGGUCUUUGUCCAAGAAUGAGAUUAGCUAACUUCCAAGCUGUGUUACAAGAUGAAAAAAAGCACGUGGGAUGUGCUUAGUGAUUGCAGCCAGCACAGAAUCUGCUUACUGACACUGGUGAACAUGAUUUUCAUUGUCAGUGUUAUGCAGUGAAUCAGAAAUCAGGAGCCAGUGCCAAUCUAGCUGGUACAAUUGCACUUUAAUACUUUGGAUGAUCAAAAUAGUAUCACCAUACUAAAGAGGUUAUGGCACCUGCACAGUGAAGGCUUCCAUAGUAUGUUCCAGGACCAGGGUGAAAUGAUGCAGACAUCGCUUUAGUUCUGGCACUAGCUUGAUUACUGCCUUGUAAAGAACCUCAGUAGGAUACUGUUCAGACAAAGCCUUGGCCUACAGCGUCACCACUCACAGAUGUAAACUGUACUAAUAUCACUGUUAUGGUUUUUUUUUUUUGUGGCAAGAAAGGUUAUUCUGGCAUUAUAAAUCUUAUCUUUUUGAGGGACUCUAGGGUUUUCUAAGAAAUUAAAGAGGAAGCAACCACCAAGUACUGCUUUCCUUUACUAUGUGUCAUACUGGUUUUCAAACCACUUUGCUCUUAACAGAAACUGCCAAAAACAUUAAAGGUACUAAUUUUAGGAUUCUUUAUGGCUGAAAUAUUACUAUAUGUUCAAAAAAUAGAUGUCCAGUGUACAUUUAAGAUCAGUGAAAACAAGAGAUUUUACUUGAAGGCUUUGUCAGGGGCCAGAUGGUAAGAAGACUCAAUUCAGGACAAAUAAUUGAAAACAUGUUCAGUAAAUGCUUGCUAGUAUGGACAAGACAAAUAAUGCUAGUCCAAACAGUAAAACCAAAACUUCCACAGGAAGUGAGUCUUGGAUCCUGUAUGCUGUAUUUUGCAUUCAUAAAAAUUAGAGAAAUUUAAGUAUUUUUAAUUUCCUCAUGGUAGAAAUGCUGCUAGUAAUGACAUUUUUAUUGCCUAGUUGCGAUGUAACACACCCACAGGAAUGAUAAAGCUUCAGAAAAGCAAUAAAAGAAUCCCGCAUAUAAUUCUUCUUGAAAGUAGAUAUCACAUCUUAAGAAUGUACAAUUAAAGCUUUCAUCUCAGAGGUUCAAUAAGCAUAAUCAUUCUUAAAAAAAAGCACCAAAAAAAACCCACAAAGAACCAUCACCAAUAGGAUCGACAAAAUAAAAUACAGUAUUUCUGGCUCUAAACUAGAAGUGGUAAUGUCUUGCUAAAGCAAA